GAGGGCGGGACCCGCGGGCUGGGCAGGGACACCCGCGGCCAGCAGCGCUAGGGCAGCGCCGGCCGAGCCCCUGGCAGGUGCCCCCGCCGUGAGUGCCCGGAGGCGGCCGCCCCAGGGCUGACGGACCCUGCGGUUGUUGUCGCUGCUGCCGCGAUCUUCAGCGAUGAUGCUGGCAGAGCAAGCCCAGAAGUGGUUCCCAACUCACGUGCAAGUUACGGUCCUUCAAGCCAAAGGUCUGAAGCCAAAAGGUAAAAAUGGCAGCAACGAUGCCUACACCAUCAUCCAGCUGGGCAAGGAGAAGUACUCCACCUCGGUGGCGGAGAAGACCCUGGAUCCCGUCUGGAAGGAAGAGGCCUCCUUCGAGCUCCCUGGAUUACUCAUGCAGGAGAAUCCAGAAAAAUACAUCCUGUACCUGAUCGUCAUGCACAGGUCGCUGGUGGGGCUGGACAGGUUUUUGGGACAGGUGGCCAUAAGCCUGAAUGAUGUAUUUGAAGACAAGCAAAGGCGGAAAACAGAGUGGUUUCCCCUAGAGUCCAGACAAGGGAAGAGAACUAAAGACAGAGGAGAAAUAAAGGUCAAUAUUCAGUUUAUGAGGAAUAACAUGACAGCAAGUAUGUUUGAUUUGUCAAUGAAGGACAAAACCAAAUCCCCUUUUGCUAAACUAAAAGACAAAAUGAAGGGUCGGAAAAACGAUGGGACGUUUUCGGACACAUCCUCUGCAAUCAUCCCAAGUACUCACAUACCUGAGGCAAACAUAGAGGUGUGUAGUGGUGAAGUACAGAUGAAAUCCAAACCAAAAAAACCUUUCCUUUUGGGACCUCAGAGGUUGUCCUCAGCUCACUCGAUGUCGGAUCUGACGGGCCCGCACGUCUCCUCCGAGAAGGUGAAACCCGGCACCGUUGGCUACUCCCACCUCUUCAGGAGGCAGCUGGAGUCCUUUGGCUCCGUGGAUGAAGGGGGGAGUCUAAAAUCUCCACACAGAAGGACAUUAAGUGUUGAUACUUCUAAAAUGACCCAGCUUGACAGCACGGUCGAUGAAGCUGCACUUGAAGCACAAAAUGACCCAUUUACCAACGUGAGUGCUUCGUUACCCCAAAAAUUUGCUACACUGCCAAGACAGAAGAACCCGUUUGAAGAGAGCCCAGCAGCGUGGGAUCAGAACAUAAAUCUGUUCUCCAAACCCGUGGAAAUCAGGAAGGAACUUAAGAAAAAGGAGAAAGUUAGUCUGUUUGAAAGAGUGACUGGAAAAAAAGAUGGCAGGAGGUCAGAUAAACUCAGCAAUGGGGGAUCAGAGAGUUCCACUGACCUGAAAUCCCCCGGGGCGUUUGGGGAAGCUCAUCAGGAGAGUUUUGAUUAUGAGCCAACUAAUCCCUUUGUGACAAACUUCAAGCCCACGAGCACGUUGCCAUCUUCAAGUUUUCAUAUGAAUCCUUCUGGCAUUGAGGAUCUCAGGAAAAAAUCGGAAGGAAACCCUUUCGACGCCACUGCUGGGUACCGGAACCUCACCUACGAGGAGGUUCUGCAGGAGCUGGUGAAACACAAAGAGCAGCUGAAGAAGAAGGACACCCAUAUCCGGGAACUCGAGGACUACAUUGACAAUCUCCUGGUGCGAGUGAUGGAGGAGACCCCCAGCAUCCUCCGAGUGCCAUACGAACCUUCUCGGAAAGCUGGGAAAUUCUCCAAGAGCUGAGGCAGCGGGACUGGGUGGUGCUUCCUGCUGGAUACUUGAGUGGAAGGAAAUCACACUUCAAGAGUUUGACUUCUCUUCAUUCCUUUUCUCCUGGGAAAUUCCAGGAAUCGCCUUCCAGGGAGAAGGGACAGUGGCGUGGGGGUUUUUCUUUUUUUUUUUUUACUCCAAACACUAGCAGGGACUGCCAAAAGUAAUACUCUGUUAAAUUACAGGAGGAACUUUUUUUUUGUUUUUGAAAAUGCCUUUAGGUACCAAAUACUUAAAAUAGAGUUAAUAAUACACCUUAAAUAUGUCCAUGCAGUUCAUAUAAUAGCUUGGUGUUCCCCAUGUGGCAGUUCCAGCUGGGAAGCCUGUGCUGUUACGGAUGUUUUCUGGAAUGAUUAUUGGUAUUAGGCAAAUGUAUCAAUUCUUUUAUUACAGCAUGCCAUCAAGACCACUGUUUUCAGGCCAGUGUAGUGGUAUUCUACUAAAGCUAAGUGUGGUUUAUUGCAGUGGAGUGCAGUUCUACACAUAUUAGAGGAGAGCAGUGAUGCACAAUCUUUGCAGAGUAAAUGCUGUAUUCUGUACAAUGUGCUUUUUCUAUAACAGUGUAAAAGAACCCGUGCCACUUCUGGAAUGGCAUAUGCUGGAACCAGUUAUUUUACACUUCAAUGCUGAAUUUUGUGUGUAAUGAGUGAACUUUGGUGGUGAGCUCAUGACAUGAGGUUGUUUCGAGGAUCUUUUUGUAUGAAGUUACUGCAUGCCUUUUUAUGUGUUGAAGUCCUUUGAACAGUGUUAAUAGAGUCAGAGGUAGGACUGGAGAGAAGUAUGGAAUAAAAAUAUGAAUACUUUUGUUCAGUCAAAGUCUACUGCAAUGAAAAUGUAGCAGAAAUGGAGAGGCUGACUAAAAUAGACACGAUAAUUCAAAAAAUGUAGAACUGACUCAAUGUAAAGUUGAGUUUUACAUGAUGUAUGUCUUAACUUUUUAAAUCCUAUGACAACGAAGUAUAUGCCUUUAGAAAUAGGGCAUGUUGCUUAAACACAUAUAGAGUACUUAGACUUCAUUAAAAUAUCUGUAUCCAUGUAAAUAGUUCUGAAAGUCAGUUUUCAUUGAGGCAAACGAAAGAAGAAUGUAGUAAAUAUCUUCCUGAUCAUUUAAUAAUUGUUUAUGGAAUGACAUAUGAAAAUGGUAUCUGUUAUUCAAUGAAUUGGCAAAAUAUAGUGAUGUACAUGUAAUGGGGAAAUACUGCAGGAGAAGAAUCCUCAAAAUAUUAUCAGAAGGAGAUUUUAAUUUUAAUUUCCUUAAUAAGAAUCUCAGUUGGAUUGUCUGUUGCUGUGAAACAGUAAGAUAAUAUUAACAAAAAAGUACAGAGAAUAUUUUAGAUUUGGGUUUAAGAAAACUGUCUUUUCCUUUUUUUUUCUUUACUUGAUCUGUUUUUUUUUUCUUACAGCACCAUGAAAUGGUUGUUGAUGAGGUGGCAAAAAAACUUGAAAUUAAAUUCCAGUUUUUUGUUGUUGUUGUAAAAGACUUAAAUAUACUUUCAUUUUUAAAACUGCAAAAA